AUGAUUCUAGCUUAUGCCGUGAAUGGUGAAGGCGGGCUGGAUUUGGAGUUAUUUGUGGGGAUGCAAAGUCAUGCCAAAUCGAGUUACUUUCCUUGCGACCGUAAAAGCUUGUGCGGCUUGUACAGCGGAUACAACGGACAGUCUAAAGGAAAUCGGUGGAAAGAUGGUGAAACUUACUUGCUUGGAGCUUCACUCGGAGGCAAUGAAGUGCGGUUGCAUGUUGGAUCACUUCCUGGCGAACAGUUUGAUCUUCGUCUACUCGCAGUGUGGGAUUCUCAGCGAAUGUUUGACAAGAUGCCGACGCGAGACGUAGCUUCCUGGAGUGCACUGGUUCAAAGCUAUGCUGAGAACGAGGUGGAAGGGAAAGCUAUCAAGGCUUGUUGUUUCGAGAGAGUGAAAGCUAUACACUCUCUAGCUGCAAAUGCUGGAUUCGACCAAGACAUUUUCGUGGAGAGCAGCCUGGUGGACGCCUACGCAAAGUGUGGGAACAUCAAGUAUGGUCGUCGAGCUUUCGACAGGAUCAAGGGUCGCAACUUGGUGCUGUGGAACAUUAUGAUUCUCGGCUAUGCCGAGAACGGGGACGGAGAAUCAGCUCUCGAGCUCUUCGGCCGCAUGCAAACAAGGGACAGGAUUGUACCAGACGCUCGAAGCUACGUUGCGGUUCUCAAGCUGUGCUAG